CACGCCCAGACCACGUUGUACACGGACGGAUUUGACAUUGCUCUUAGCGAAGAUGGAUUUUGUACAAGAAUCCAAGCCAAAAGUAAUGUGGCAACCAGAUAGCACAAAGCAAACCAAAAUGGAUAAGCUUCGUAAAAUGAUCAAUGAAAAAUAUCAUGUGGAUUUACAGACAUACAGUGCUUUUCAUCGCUGGUCUUGUGACCAUUAUGCUGAAUUCUGGGAAGAAGUUUGGAAGUUUACAGAUAUCAUCCAUUCUAAGCCCCACAACAGGGUUGUGGACACAAGUAAAGGUAUUGCGGAAAAUCCAGAGUGGUUUGAAGGAGCCCGGUUAAACUUUGCAGAAAACCUGCUGCGUUAUAAAGAUGACAGGACAGCUAUCUAUUCUACAGGUGAAGGGAUGUCAAUAACAAAGAAAACAUUCCGAGAACUCCGAGAGUCAGUAGCAGUGUACGCUGCUGCCCUGAGGAGGCUGGGUGUUGAGAAAGGCGACCGUGUUGUCGGUUACAUUCCUAACUGUACUGAGGCUGUUGAGGCCAUGUUAGCUACAGCUAGUAUAGGAGCUGUGUGGAGCUCAACUUCCCCAGACUUUGGUGUCCAGGGGGUGCUUGACAGAUUUUCACAGAUCUGUCCAAAGAUAAUUUUCAGUGUGAAUGCUGUCUGGUACAACGGUAAGGUACAUAGACACCUUGACAAACUACAACAGGUGGUACAGGGCUUACCGGGCCUGGAGAAGGUUGUUGUGAUUCCCUUCGUGCCUGAUGCUGACCGUGAUAUUUCUGAGUUGUCAAAUGGUUGUUUACUAUCAGAGUUCCUACACAUGCCUGAUGAUAAGGUGCCGGAGCUCACCUUUGAACAAGUCCCCUUUAAACACCCACUAUUUAUCAUGUACUCGUCGGGCACCACUGGCGUACCCAAAUGUAUGGUACACUCAGUCGGGGGAACAUUACUAAAACACAUGGAGGAACAUGCCAUACAGAGUGACAUGACACGUGAUGACGUCAUGCUCUACUACUCAACGGUGGGCUGGAUGAUGUGGAACUGGCUUGUGUCUGUGCUAGCCCUAGGAGCAGCUAUUGUGUUAUACGAUGGAUCACCACUUGUUCCACAUGCUAACAUCCUUUGGGAUAUCGUUGACAAAGUAGGGGUAACAUUUCUAGGUAGCAGUGCUAAGUGGCUGGCUGUCAUGGAGGAUAAGGGUCUCACACCAGGUUCUACACACAAGCUGACGUCCUUGAAGGCAAUCCUGUCAACAGGUUCACCCCUAAAGCCACAGAGCUACGACUAUGUAUACAAAGACAUAAAGAAAGAUCUUCUCCUGGCCUCCAUAUCUGGGGGCACGGACAUCAUCGCCUGCUUCAUGGGACAGAACUGGACUGUCCCUGUCUACCGCGGUGAGGUCCAGGGUUUUGUGCUUGGUUGUGACAUGGAGGCGUGGGACGACUCUGGUAAGCCAGUUUACAAUGAGAGUGGAGAGUUAGUGUGCCGAACCCCCUUCCCUUCCAUGCCUGCUUUCUUCUGGAAUGAUGCAGAUGGUACAAAGUACCAGAAGGCCUACUUCAGCAUGUAUAAAAAUGUCUGGGCGCAUGGAGACUUCUGUUGUGUAAACAAAGAAACUGGAGGUGUCAUCAUGCUGGGGCGUAGUGACGGUGUGCUGAAUCCUAAUGGGGUUAGGUUUGGUAGUGCUGAAAUCUACAAUGUAGUUGAAUCUUUCAAGGAGAUAGACGACAGUGUUUGUGUGGCACAGAGGAAGGCCGACAUGUCAGAGGAGCGGGUUGUUUUGUUUGUCAAAAUGGCCAAGGAAGGAGUGUUCAACCGAGACCUCGUCAACAGCAUUAGGACAAGAAUACGAGCAGAGUUAUCGGCACGCCACAUGCCAGCCGUUGUUCUGGAAACUCUGGCCAUACCGUACACUAUCAGUGGAAAGAAGGUGGAAGUAGCAGUAAGAAGAGCCAUACACGGCCAGUCUGUUCCUCAACAGGGGGCGCUGUCAAACCCCGACUGUUUACAGGCAUACUACAAUAUCCAGGAGCUACAGGGAUACUAAAGAAAAUGAGACAAGGCUUCUGAUUGGCUUCCUGAGAAAAAAAUUCACUAACUUUAAAAUUGAAUUAAUAGAUUUUUUGAGAUAAUGUAGUCAUAAGGGAUCUUGUUGGCUCUAGCAGUGAAGUGUCUGUCUUAAUAUUGUCAUUGCUUACAACUGGUUUACUGAACAAACAAAUGUUUUUGGAAGUUUGGUUGGAAUGAUAUUAUAGAUAAUAAACUGGGUUUUAUUUAUAACUGUACAAAAUAAUUAUCACUCCAAGUAGUGGAGAUCUUGAGACAGGGCACUAGUUGUUAUAUCUGUUCAUGUUAACAUCUCUUAGUAGUUUGAACAAUGGAAUAUGAUCAAAUAAUGCUUGGCUGUUUUUGUUAUCUUUGUCCAAACGGUUGACCAUGACUGAAUGAAAUUCUGUGAUGAAUACAUUUCGUAUUUGUGUAUUACUAUUACAUGUAUUUUAAUCAAUUGUGAUAACAUUCCAUUGUGCUUGAUUUUACCCGUUUUUUUUUUUUAUUGUCAAAGUGUGAUUUGUUUUACUGUUCUGAUAACGUUCGUAGUUUGUAUAGCAGAGGUUUAUAACAUGUAUUAUACACUUACAUUGUAUACUCUCUGUAGCAUCACACUGUGUCUGUGUAUGGGAGAUUGACUUCAGGUGUCUCUACUUAACUGCAAUAUAUUUAUUCAUAAAUUCUCUUUAGCCUGACAGAAAAUCAAAAGUGAUUUUUGCUUUUUGCUUUGCAUUAAAUAUAAUAUAUAUAAGUUUAUUGACAAGCUUUAACACUGUACGUUCUUUGUAUUCAUAUUUUAGAGUGGCUUAUACAGCCACAUCUUUUGCCGGUCUAUAUACAGCCACAUCUUUUGCCGGUCUAUAUACAGCCACAUGCCUGUCUAUAUACAGCCACAUCUUUUGCCUGUCUAUAUACAGCCACAUCUUUUGCCUGUCUAUAUUGCUAAAAGCAAGUUUAUUUUUACAGCAUUAUAUCAUUAGGAAUGAACACACUGUAUAUCUCACAAAUAGGCGUAAUGUUAGUACUGCUGUAGUAUACCCAAUACAGUUUGUGAUCAUUUAUAGCUGAUAACAUUAUGAUCCUUAAUCACAUGUACUUGUGGACAGGAGUGUGAUUUUUCAAUAGAUAUGGUGAAUAAUAAGAGAAUAAACCUUUUAAAUAAUCAAAUGCUUAAUUUCAAAAGUGCAUCUGAUUUUUGAUUCAUACCAGGUAGAGUAUUAGAUAUUUAAUAGUAUUAUAUGUAAAAAUUACUUAAAUUUAAAAGAUGCUACAUUGUCGCCGAAGUAUACUCAAAAAUAUGCAAAAUAUAAUUCUGAAGGGAAAAUAAGGGAAGAGAAAAGUAUCUUAAUUCCAGCAGAUAAAGAAAACCAGCACCCAAACAAUGAUACUUAUAAGGUGGAAUGUUACAUUAUAGAGACAAAGUAUGAUACUUAUAAGGUGGAAAGUUACAUUAUAGAGACAAAGUAUGAUACUUAUAAGGUGGAAAGUUACAUUAUAGAGACAGAGUAUGAUACUUAUUAGGUGGAAAGUUACAUUAUAGAGACAAAGUAUGAUACUUAUAAGGUGGAAAGUUACAUUAUAGAGACAAAGUAUGAUACUUAUAAGGUGGAAAGUUACAAUAUAGAGACAAAGUAUGAUACUUAUUAGGUGGAAAGUUACAUUAUAGAGACAGAGUAUGAUACUUAUAAGGUGGAAUGUUACAUUAUAGAAACAGAGUAUGAUACUUAUUAGGUGGAAAUGUUACAUUAUAGAGACAAAGUAUGAUACUUAUAAGGUGGAAAGUUACAUUAUAGAGACAGAGUAUGAUAGAAUUUCUUCGAGAUGCAAUUAUUAUGUAUCCACAUAGAAUUUAAAAAAACAAGUAGAAGCUGAAAUGUUAGGAGGGUGGUGAUAGUGUAAAGUAAUGUUCAUUUGUUUGAAUCAUUCAAAGAAUUAGAAAAUAUAUUUUUAUAGCACACCUUUCCCUACUACUGUACCUUGUGGUGAUUUUGAAAUUAAUUUACACUUUAAGAAAGAAAUUAUGAUUACUUGCAGUAUUUUAAUUUAGCAUUAAAGGUUCAUAAACAUAUCAUUUUUCUCGUUUAACAUGUUACAAUCAAGUUUGAUUUUUGUGUGUAUAUAAAGUCACAUCAUACUGCACAUUGUAGUGGUAAUUUUUCAAGGCUAGUGCUUACACACCAGAAUCGUUCUAAAUUAUGAUUGUGUUUACAUUUCUGUAUACCAUUAUUGUAUUCUAUGGCAGAUAUCGCUGAUGUACUGAUUUGUUUAACUAGAUAUACAUGUCAUGUGCUGUACAAGUUUAUGUGAAUUAGAUAAAAAAAAAUGUUUAAAGACCAAAACAUUUAUCAAGAGUUGUAUGUGUAAAAGAAAAGCAAAUAUGAUGGUACUGGGAAUGUUGCUUUUUAUAAUUCAAACCUCUGCAAUUUUACUGAAAAUUUAGAAAUUGGAAAUUAUGAUUAUUUACUCACUGACAAAUAGUUAUAUUUUUAAUGUCACUGUUUCUUUCAAAGAAAUUCGCUAAAAUGUAUAAACCUUCAAAUAUAUGCAAGUUAAGCAACCUUAUUUUCUAUUUAUCCGUGCAUGACUUAUGUACACUUGGUAACUUCAAGGUAAUGAUCUCAAGGUCAUGUUGUUAAUGUGUUGACUCCACAAAUGUUUUAUCCUGUUUGUUAUUGCUGUGUUAAUGUCUUAUGAAUGAUAUUUAUGUUUAAAUACAAUUAAACUAACUCUUGUAACUCAAGGAACCUGCUCAACUGAAAAGUAAAAAUUGAGUUCCUACAGUAAAAAUUAUACAUUGUAUAUAAAAUAUACUUAGUGUAUACAUGUCCAGCAGACAGUAACCAACUACUGUAUCAAGAAUUUGAACAGUAAUAUGUAUCAGUAUUCGUUGGGUCUUUAUUUCAAUUAACAACGAUGUUAGUUGGCUAAUAAUAGUGUUUUUGGUUUUGUUAAAAAUUGGAUACUUUUGUUAUGGUUUAUUUUAAUGCUGAAUGUUCAAAUAUUUUGAAGCAUUUUUCAUCUAUGAGGGCGAGAUUAAUAAAAAUUGUAAAAAUAUGAA